GAACAGCUGCCAAUCGGAACUACCAACCAAGUACGGUUCGCAUUUCAUUACCUUAGGCUUCUGCAUCCCUAUUUGUAAGGCCUUUUUAAUAUUAACAAAACAUAAACAGAAUGUCAAAGGACGAAAAGGAAAAGACGCAAAUAAUUGACAAGGACCUGGACCUGUCCAACGCUGGACGCGGCGUGUGGCUGGUGAAGGUGCCGAAGUACAUUGCCCAGAAAUGGGAGAAGGCCCCCACAAACAUGGACGUGGGCAAGUUGCGGAUCAACAAGACGCCCGGCCAGAAGGCCCAAGUGUCGCUCUCCCUCACGCCGGCCGUCCUGGCUCUGGAUCCCGACGAAAAGAUACCUACGGAACAUGUCCUCGACGUGUCGCAGGUGACUAAGCAAACGCUCGGUGUAUUUUCGCACAUGGCUCCCUCUGAUGGCAAGGAGAAUUCGACGACUCCAUCAUCACAGCCAGACAACGAGAAGCUAUACAUGGAGGGAAGGAUUGUUCAGAAACUAGAGUGCCGCCCAAUUGCCGACAACUGCUACAUGAAGCUGAAGUUAGAGUCCAUCCGUAAGGCAUCGGAGCCACAGCGAAGAGUGCAGCCCAUCGACAAGAUCGUCCAGAAUUUCAAGCCCGUCAAGGAUCAUGCUCACAAUAUCGAAUACAGGGAACGCAAGAAGGCCGAGGGCAAGAAGGCACGAGACGACAAGAACGCCGUGAUGGACAUGCUCUUCCACGCCUUUGAAAAGCAUCAGUACUAUAAUAUCAAGGAUCUGGUCAAGAUUACCAACCAGCCCAUCAGCUACCUCAAAGAGAUUCUCAAGGAUGUUUGCGACUACAACAUGAAGAAUCCGCACAAGAACAUGUGGGAACUCAAGAAGGAGUAUCGCCACUACAAGACUGAGGAAAAGAAGGACGAGGAGGAGCACAAGUCCGGCAGUAGUGAUUCGGAAUAGCAUUUAGCAGAUUCGCCCACCUGCUUUUACUAAAACAUAUUUAAGUGAUUGCAUGAUUUUGUUUUAUUCCUUAAGAACUAAACUUAGAGGUAAGAAAAAAACAUUACUUGUGGAACUGUAAAUAGACAUUUGCUUAUGCUCUGGUAAAUACAUACAUAUAUACAUUACUUUCUAGGCGACACUA